CUAGCACAAAACAAACCAACAAACCAACAAACCAACAGCCAGCCAACCAGCCACGAUGAAGCUCGUCUCCGCCACCCUUUCUCUGGCCCUGCUGGCMUCCCUUUUCACCACCCCGGUCCUCGCACAAGGAGAGGUGACCCAAGCAGAGGUGACCGAAGGAGAAGGAUUGGUGACGCACGAGGGCGAAAAGCCCGUCUUCGGGGAGAGCCUCGCCAACAACCUGGCGGCAAACGCCACCGACCAGGUAGAGGGCGCGGAGGAAAGCAAGGACGCCGACACCGUCGCGCCCGUGGCGCCCCCGUUCGAAACCGUGCCCACCGUGGCGCCUGUUCCCACCUCGGCCCCCAGCUUCAAGGAGGGGGACGCCCCCGUGGCCUUUGCGCCGGACACGGUCAAGCAGCCGGUCUUUAUGGCACCCGUCGCCCCGCCUCCCAUCUCCGGGGCGGGGCGAGGGGCCAAAACGGCGGCGGCGGCACUCGCGCUGGUGCUGGCGUCCGCGGCCGCGGGGCUCUAGGGGCAAACCCGCCGGGUGUGGCGCGGUGCGGAGCCAGAGUGCAAUGCCGUGCCGUGCAGUGCAGUGCAGUGCAAUGCCGUGCGAUUUGGUGAGCCGGGCGGAAGGCGUCCCCGGGGCAUUCCUUUGGAGAAGCGACGGCCGUCGGGGCCGUGCGACGCCUUGCCAUCCGUGUGUGCGGUGUGUGCUCGUGCCGAUGGCAGCAAACGCCGCGGCGUGGCAUGGUUGUGGCAUUCCGGCCGGGGUCGAUUGCGCAGCCCGGCGCUCUUGCGAUGGUACCAGCUGCUACAGCACUGGGCAGAGAAGAACGAUUCAUCCGUUCCUUCCUUGUCUGUUUGGUGGAGGAUUGCCGGAAUUGAUCGAGCAGGCACCGUGACUACUCGUACCAAAUCGCCAGGUGAAACUGAAUGGAAGCUUGCUGUCUUCGAUACUAGUAUAAUUUGUUUUAGUAAUUUAGUUGUAGAAGCACUAAGUAGCAGUAAUGGUGGUGAUUGUACCGUAGGUCUGAUCUACUCAACAAGAUUCUGUAGGUCACUCAUUUGAGCGCCGUUCUACUAGUACAAGGGAUCAUAAAAAGUAUUACCUCUG